UUCUACUGCAACAUCGCAGGUAUGGACAGCGAGACAGGGGGAGACAAAGAAGGAAAUAAUGAAACAACAUCUAGAAAGAUGAUUGUUGGAGUAAUUCCAACCGGAGAUGAGCCUGAUGGUAGAGAUGAAGAUACAUCAAAUGCUGAACAAGAUCACACUCAGGGGGAGCAGCAAGAGCAUCCAACCGGAGAUGAGCCUGGUGGUAGAGAUGACGAUACAUCAAAUGCUGAACGAGAUCACACUCAGGGGGAGCAGGAAGAGUACCAAACUGAAAGAUCAAGGUGGCCACAAAACCUUAAGGUGUACUCACGGAGACAGAGAGCUGAGGAUGAUCAAGUGCAAGGGGAGGAAGAAAUCUCUUUGAGUCAGAAUCCUGAUGCUCAAAUACAGCCAGAUUUACAUGACUCAAGUUCAAGUCCCUCUACAAGUGAUGGAAGCGAAGAGGUGCCCCACAUGGAGAGGUGCCAUGCUAGAAGAAAUGGCAGCACUUGACAAGAAUAACACAUGGGUCAUGAUGAUGAAGAGAUAUCGAGGUUAAAGAAGGCAUUGGCAUGUUCGUUUGAAGUCAAAGACCUGGGAUACCUUCACUACUUUCUUGGGAUUGAGGUUGUUUAUGGUGCACAAGGUAUUUAUCUCUCUCAAAGGAAG